AACAACACCAAGCACCGCAAAACCAAGCCUAAACACUAGCCCCGGAGACAUUAGCGAAACGACUCGGAGAUCCUGCAACGUGUAGAUGCCAAUUCCCACUCCUACAACGGACCACACAGCGACUUCUCUCAUUUGAAAGACUGGUUCUCUCAAUCUCAACCAUCAUGUCGCCCACCCAAAUCAUGACUAGGCCUUGCCGUUCGCCAUUCCAGAUGGACGGAACAACAGAGACAUAUUUUAUGAGAUACCCCGGAGCAGGUGAUAUCCAAUCUCCUCCCGCCGCAGAGCCGCUGCCCACAAAGGAACAACUCCUCGAGCUCUGCGACUCAGUACGGACCUCCCUCCGCCACUCAAAGAGCCUCGGUCCCCACGCGGACAGGAUCCAGAGCCUCCUGGACAGGGCCCUCAAGGACGAGCUGAACCACACCCAGUCCCUCGACUUUGAGACACUCCAAUAUGCCCGCCUAGACAAGCUCCUCGGCGACGUCCUCGAUCCGGCCCACCGGCCACUCCCGCUGCCGCUCCGCUUCCGCGCCGACAUGGCCCUGUGCGAGAGCCUGCAAAAGAUGUGGCGGGCCCGCUUCCGCGACCAGUAUUUCUCCCUCGACCAGGUCCGCCAGCGCAGCCUGUCUAUCGGCGGCGAGAUGCGCGACAUCCACUUCACCGCGUCCGGCAUGGACCCCCUUGAGUCCUGGGCCGUCAGCAACCUCUGCCGCGACCCCAUCUCGGAACUGGAGGGCAACCAGCAGUUCGAGCCCGGACACUGGUGGCUAAACCUCGCCUGCGCACAUCGUGACGGCGUCAUCGGCACCGCCGUCGAAAAGCCCACAAAGGGAAAAUACGGCGUCACCGCUCUGCCCCUGCUCACCGGACGCGAGGAGCACAUCCGCGGCAACCUCUACCGCUACGUCCGCGAGGGCCGGCUCUCCGACAUGCACGUCUCCCUCCUCACACAAGUCGGCACCCAGAUCCGCAUCCUCCGGGGCUACCGCCUCAAGAGCACGCUCGCGCCCCAAGCCGGUGUCCGCUACGACGGCCUGUACACGAUCCGCCAGUACGGCAACAAGCUCGACCCCGCCACGGACAAAUACCGCCUCGAGCUCCUCCUCGAGCGCGUCGACGGGCAAAAGAGCCUCGACGAGGUGCAGCAGGUGCCUCUCCCCUCCCAGCUGGACGACUGGUACGCCUUUAAGAAGGUCGAGGCCGAGAUGGUGCGCCAGCGCAAGGGCGACGACGGCCUGCUCGACUUCAAGAUGCGCAAGGAGGAGGAGCGCAUCGAUCGCGAGCACUGGCAGCGCGCGAGAGAGUUCAAGGCCUCGUUGGGACAGGAGGGCUGCGGGCUGGGGUUGAUCAUGUCUGUUUAAUCGUGUGAUCAACAUAGGGAAGGCAUGACAGCAGAAGGAGGAAAAAGAGGAAAAGGAGAGAAGAAGAAAAUUGGCGGUCCGAAAGGGACACACUUUCCAGGAUGAUUCGCGCAGAUACCCUGUACUACCUAGUCUACCUGUACCACUACCUUAUGAAUAAUGAUAAUGCAUGACGAGAAGAAACAC